AUCAAUAAGUUUGGCCAAGGAAGAACUCGGUGUAGCAGACAAAGCGCUUUCUCUCUAUCUAUCUUCCUUCGUUCACAGAUCUAUCGUCUUAAGUCUUCUCAUUUCUCUCCUCGAUCCUUCCUUUCCUUCUCCGUUUAAAAUCCGUCUAUUUCUCUGGCUCUCUCUCGAUAUCUUUUAAUCCUUCUUCCUUUCUCUGAAAUCUCCAAGCACUGUUUCUGUGAACUGUGUUUUAUCUGACGCGAAAAACUGUCAUUUAAAACCCUAGUUACUGAAGAUUAGGGUUCGGAAUACUAUACCUAUCAGUGGAUCUGUGACCCAAAAUCUUUGUUUUCGGCUACUGUAUGCUUUUCUAGAAAAAGGGAGCGAGCAGGAGACUCUGAAAAUGUCCUCUUCUUACCCUGGACGUGUCAGUGCCACUCAGGUGGGGUCGUACUUUGUGGGACAGUACUAUCUAGUUCUUCAGCAGCAGCCCGAUCGUGUUCAUCAGUUCUACACCGAAGGCAGCACCAUGAUACGAGUCGAUGGAGAUUCAAGCGAGUCCGCCUCUGCAAUGCUAGAAAUCCAUACACUUCUCAUAUCACUAAAUUUUACUGCAAUUGAGAUCAAGACAAUCAACUCUCUUGAUUCUUGGAAUGGAGGUGUUUUGGUGAUGGUUUCAGGAUUGGUUAAAACCAGAGAUUUCAGUGGAAGAAGAAAUUUUGUGCAGAGCUUUUUCCUUGCUCCUCAAGAGAAGGGUUACUUUGUUCUCAAUGAUAUCUUUCAGUUUGUUGAUGAUGGAAGAAUAUACCAACAUCAAGCACCCAUUCCAUUAGAAGGCAAUUUUGACGCACAACCAAAUCCUUCUAACACUCUUCCCGAGCCGCCAGCAGUUUCUGACUAUGUGGAAGAGGCCCAGGACUAUGUGAGUUCAAUCCACAUAGAAGAUGAUCUAGUUGAUAAGUACAGUCUACCAGAGCAACAGGAGCAAGAGGACUAUGAAACUGAAAUUGUGGUGGAGGAAACUCCUGUAGAGGAGCCAUCUCCUUCAUUUCAAAGCAUGGCAAACACUGUGCACGAAGCCCCAGCUCCAGCUGUGGAGGAACCUGUGGGAGAGGCACCAAAGAAAACUUAUGCUUCUAUCCUGCGAGUUUCUAAAGGACAGACUGCAUCAUCAGUUGCAUCCCAGUCAUCUUUACACAAAAGUUCUCCAGCUGUAUCAGACUGGAAUCAUACACCGCUGCCUGCUGCUCAGCAGUCAAACUUUGUGCCGUCAUUUCUGCCUGAAGCUGGGGUAGAUGCAGUAGAGGAGGGUCUGACAGUGGAAGAAGAAGAAGGUGAACCGAAGUCUGUCUAUGUGAGAAACUUGCCUUCUAAUGUUACAGAAGCAGAAAUUGAGGAAGAAUUCAAGAACUUUGGCCAAAUAAUACCUGAUGGAAUCUUUAUUAGGUUACGUAAGGAAAUUGGACUUUGUUAUGCUUUUGUCGAGUUCGAAGACCUUAUGGGCGUUCAAAAUGCACUCAAGGCAUCUCCAAUACAGUUGGCUGGAAGGCAAGUCUACAUUGAAGAGAGGAGACCAAACAGCAGCAGUGCUUAUCGAGGUGGAAACUUGAAUGUGAGUUCACCAAUUUUGUGGUCUGUUAACAUCUAUGUGAAAUACGUUGACCAGGAAGGGGUAGAGGAAGAGGAAGUUACCAAACAGAGGCCCCAAAGGGGCGUUUUGGUGCUCGGAGCUUGGGCAGGGGAAGCAAUCAGGAUAGUGGUGAAUACAACAGACUAAGAGGCAAUGAUUUUUAUCAGCGUGGUUCACGAUGAGAUAAAAAAAGACUCAGGCAAUCAAGUAUCUACCGAAUGGGCCAAACUUAGUUUUUGGAUUUGGGAGUUAAGCUUUUCGGGCUCAUACCAGAUAAAACACUUUCCUUCUAGUGGUUCCAGGAAAUAUGUCGUACUUUCAGGUGUGCCAUUUUUACAUGAAUGGGAUUUGUGAGAAACUUGUUUGUGUUGUUUCUUGUGUGGGUAGUAGCUAUGUUGUUUUUCCCCUGAUGAAUGAGUUUUAUCAUGCAAUUCAAGUGGGAUUUUUUUGCUAAGCAUUUUAAGCCCCAUGUUUUCAGGAAAACAUGUUUGCUUCCUUAAUGGGUGACCCUAGGUUCUUAUCACAG